CAACUCCCAAUAUCGCAGUGUUCAGAGCGAAACGAGCACACAACUCACUAAACACUCAAAUAAAAACACUAAUACAAACAUUAAGAUGAUGAUGAUGAUGAGCUUCAACACAUCAUUUCAAAUCGUACUAGGCUUUAUCGUCUUCAUCGCAUCAAUCACUUUACUAGGUCGAAUACUCUCAAGGCCCUCCAAAACAAAAGACCGAUCUCGCCAGCUUCCGCCUGGCCCACCAGGAUGGCCGAUCCUCGGCAAUCUACCCGAACUAAUCAUGACUCGUCCUAGGUCCAAAUAUUUCCACCUUGCCAUGAAAGAGCUAAAAACAGAUAUUGCAUGUUUCAACUUUGCCGGAACCCACACCAUCACCAUAAACUCCGACGAGAUCGCUAGAGAAGCGUUUAGAGAGCGAGACGCCGAUUUGGCAGACCGGCCUCAACUUUCCAGCGUAGAGUCUAUUGGAGACAAUUACAAAUCAAUGGGAACCUCCCCGUACGGUGAACAAUUCAUGAAGAUGAAAAAAGUGAUCACAACGGAAAUUAUGUCCGUUAAAACGUUGAAUAUGUUGGAAGCUGCGAGAACCAUCGAAGCAGAUAAUCUCAUUGCUUACAUUCACUCGAUGUAUCAACGUUCCGAGACGGUCGACCUUAGAGAACUCUCGAGGGUCUAUGGUUACGCAGUGACCAUGAGAAUGUUGUUUGGAAGGAGACAUGUUACGAAAGAAAAUGUGUUUUCGGAUGAGGGGAGACUAGGAAAAGCGGAAAAACAUCAUCUUGAGGUGAUUUUCAACACUCUAAACUGUUUGCCAGGUUUUAGUCCCGUGGAUUACGUGGAACGAUGGUUGAGAGGUUGGAAUAUUGAUGGUCAAGAGGAGAUGGCGAAAGUGAAUGUUAAUCUUGUUCGUAGUUACAACAAUCCCAUAAUCGACGAGAGGAUUGAAUUAUGGAGGGAAAAAGGUGGUAAGGCUGCUGUUGAAGAUUGGCUUGAUACGUUCAUUACGUUAAAAGAUCAAAACGGAAAGUACUUGGUCACGCCAGACGAAAUCAAAGCUCAAUGCGUUGAAUUUUGUAUAGCAGCGAUCGAUAAUCCGGCAAAUAACAUGGAGUGGACACUUGCGGAAAUGUUAAAGAACCCGGAGAUUCUCAGAAAAGCUCUGAAAGAGUUAGAGGAAGUAGUUGGAAAAGACAGGCUUGUGCAAGAAUCUGACAUACCAAAUCUAAACUACUUAAAAGCUUGUUGCAGAGAAACAUUCAGGAUUCACCCAAGCGCUCAUUAUGUCCCUCCUCAUGUGGCCCGUCAAGAUACCACCCUCGGGGGUUAUUUUAUCCCCAAAGGUAGCCACAUUCAUGUAUGCCGCCCUGGAUUAGGCCGGAACCCUAAAAUAUGGAAAGAUCCAUUGGUAUAUGAACCGGAGCGUCACCUCCAAGGAGAGGGAAUCACAAAAGAGGUUACUCUGGUGGAAACAGAGAUGCGUUUUGUCUCGUUUAGCACUGGUCGACGUGGCUGCGUCGGUGUCAAAGUCGGGACAAUUAUGAUGGUUAUGAUGUUGGCUAGGUUUCUUCAAGGGUUUAACUGGAAACUCCACCAAGAUUUUGGACCGUUAAGCCUCGAGGAAGAUGAUGCAUCAUUGCUGAUGGCUAAGCCUCUUCUUUUGUCUGUUGAGCCACGCUUGGCACCAAACCUUUAUCCAAAAUUCCGUCCUUAACAAGACGCCUUGUUUAUUCUCUGUGAUGUUUUUCGACGCUUUCUCGUUUCUGUGUUAUGUUACUUGAAGUAUUGUUUAUUGUUGUUUUUAGACUAUCCUUUAAUUUGCCAGAAAACGCUAUAUUGUUACAUUCGUGUGUCUUUUUUUUUUUUUUUUUUGUAUCUCCGUAACUUAAUAAUGAAUAUCAAUCAAU